AUGGCGUCGACGUUGGGUCUGGUGUCGCGUCGUAAGCAAGCGAAACCACAACGUCAUCAGGAUUUGCCGAAGGGUGCUCCGCUACCGACGACGAUGGACGAAAUCGACGACACACAAAUGAUGGACGCAUGUCCGAUUGAUCUAUCCACAAAAAAAUUUGAUCAAGCGUUAUUCGGAGAGCAACGAACACGAUUGCUCGAAUCGUUAGCUAGCCUUACUACACCACAGAAUAUUCUGUCAUUAUGCGCACAGUUGGCGGCUAAUCGUGACACACCGAGGUCGGCGCCACUGGAAGCGUCCACCACCACCACCACCACCAUCAGCGCACCGCUGGAGACAACGUCCGCAUCCGCUGUGACGGUGAUUUCUCUGGAAUGUGCUGCAACGGGUUGCGAUUUGAAGUUCUCAUCGCGUGGUGCUUUACUAUGGCAUAUUAUGGAGAAGCAUUCAAACGAAAAACUGCUCCGUUGCAGUCAAUGCGGAAUGCGUUUCGGUGAUCGAGAUCAGAUCCGAGAACAUGAUUGUUCCACCUCUAUUCCACGACCAUCAUCAGCCGGCUGUAGUAGAUCUUCGGCAGCAAGUCCAGAUGCUGAUCGUGGUUCAGUGCCGGCCGUAGCCGGUCCAUCAUUUACCCUGGUCGAGAAAACUCGUACACCACCUCCGCCACCAGCAAUUUUUGGCCAAUUUUUUCCACAACGACCGCCAACUUUCCUGAAUUCCACUGCACCGACGGGACUUUUUCCACUCUCCGUACCGCCACACUUUCCCAUGCAAACACCGCCUCCACCACCACCAUUUUUCAUGCGAUCCCCUUUCGAGCCGCGCCCAGACAUUUUCGGUGCACGGCAUGAAAUGGGGAAUGAGGAUGACUGGGAAGCAUUGAUGGAGAUCUCAACAAGCGAUGAAGCGGAAAAGAUUCGGGCUCUUGUUGGCGACAAAGCGAUGCCAACGACCGAUCCUAACCAAUGUAUAUUGUGUAGAAGAGUGCUUUCCUGUAAAAGUGCACUACAAAUGCAUUACCGUACCCAUACCGGUGAACGUCCAUUCAAAUGUAAAAUCUGUCAACGUGCUUUUACAACGAAAGGAAAUUUAAAAACACAUAUGGGUGUUCAUCGGGCGAAGCACUCGUUUCGAGGGGUCCCAAUCGGUCUCGGUGGUCCGAUUGGGAACCCGAUGGGCGCUCCUCUCGGUAUGAAUGGAUUCCCUCCUGGCCUGCAACCGACUCAACAAUGCCCAAUUUGUCAGAAAAGGUUUAUAACCAGUGCACAACUGCAGAAUCAUAUCUCUGAGCACACUCAAGCACUUACUGGUCGACAUCUCCAACCACCAUCCGCUUCCACUCCGAAGCUGAUCCCACAAGCUCGACCGAGUCCCUUUGGCCCACCAUUCCCUCCUCUUUUCCCUUUUUUCAAUCCUGGUAUUCCCACUGAUGCUCCGGCUCCGUUUAAUUUGGCACAAUUACUUGGAAAUCAAUUAGAGACGACAAAGAAGGAUGAGGAGGUGAAGCAGGAGAUCAAGGAGGAACUUCGACAAGAGGAAGGUUUGAAGUUGUCCACCGGUCCCAUGACUCUGGAAUUGCCCAAAGUUGAAGUCCCAUCACUAUCACCUUCAGGAAGUAGUGAAGCAUCCGCUUCCACUGAGCAAAAUCAUGAGCACACCGACGGAUCAUCAAUGAGUCGAUCGGGCGAAUCGGAUGCGGACGAUCGUAAAACUCAUCUGCAACAAGAAGCGCCAACAAUAACGGCAAUGGAAAGACCGGCUGCACCAAGUACUCCUGGUCGACAAGUUGACAAUCCAUUGGAGGCAAUGCAAAAAAUGUGGGCUGAAACGGAACCACCACCACCGCGGCAGUUACCAGUUCUUUCAAAGCAUCAAUGUGCAGUGUGUUUUAAGCACUUCAGCUCCAGCUCAGCUCUUCAAAUUCAUAUGAGGACGCAUACAGGCGACAAACCAUUUAAAUGUGAGAUGUGUGGUCGUGCAUUCACCACACGUGGUAAUCUUAAAGUUCAUAUGGGGACCCAUAUGUGGCAACAAAGUCCCAGCAGACGAGGUCGCCGGAUAUUCGACGCUGGGAUGAGCGGCGAAGAAGGUGGUGGCCCGAGGCCAAUGUCGCUGCCGGCCACCCGGGCGCUUCCGAUGCCGCCUCCACUAGGAUUGUUCGCUCCGGGUUCAGUGCCUAAUAUGGAAAUGAUGAUGAUGUUAUGGCGAACUGUGUGCUCUGUUUGUCAAAAGGUGUGUGCAUCUCCCAGCGAAUUGGAGCAACAUCUUAAGGAUCAUCUAAACGGCUCAUUGUCGUUUCGGGAUAGUACCACACCACAAACGAUAUCGUCCGAUUAA